AUGGCAGAAACGGUCAUAGAAUUUCUACUCGACGAACUGCUGAGCAAGGUUUUGGAGGCGAAGGACAGGGCAAUUCAGUUCAGACCCACCCUUGAACGCAUGGCCACCACCCUCAGGUCAAUAAAACCAGUGAUCGAAGAGACAAAACAAUACAACAGGCAACUAGAUCGGUCAGAGGAUGAAACAAAGAAGUUAAUUGAAGAUGUGAAGAAUGGGGAAAAGCUUGUUCUCAAGUGCUCAAAAAUCCAGUGGUGGGAGUGCUGCUAUAGGCCCCAAUACCAGGAGCAACUUGAAGAUUUGGAUCAGUCACUUGUCAGGUUCUUUCAAGUUGAUAUGCCAGUUCAGACGGCGAGGGAUGUGAAGGAGACGCUGGUAGAGGUGAGAGGCAUUCAUAUGGAGAUUAAGAAACUGAAUGCGGUUGCGAGAAAUGAAAGGGGCCUGUGCUCGGCUCCCGAGCCCCCAACAUUCACAGUUGGAUUGGAUGUUCAUGUUGGGGAAUUGAAGGUGCGGCUACUCCAGGAUGACGUGUCAGCGAUCGUGGUCACCGGCUCGCCCGGUUCUGGGAAGACCACAUUGGCCAAAAAGUUCUGUUGGGAUGCUAAUGUCAGAGGUAAAUUCAAGGACAAUAUCUUCUUUGUCAAAUUCUCGGAGACGCCAAAUUUGAACGCUAUCGUACAGAAACUUUAUCAACACAAUGGUCGCUCAGUGUCCGAGCCUCAAAAUGAUGAAGAAGCGAUUGACCUAUUGAAACUUUUGCUAAAGCAAAUUGGGGAAAAUCCUACACUGUUGGUUCUGGACGAUGUUUGGGAUAGAUCGGAAUCUCUUGUUGAUAAUUUUCGCAUGCAGCUGCCGGAAUAUAAGAUUUUAGUGACUUCCAGAUUCGCAAUUCGAAGAUUCGGCACCCCCUAUUGCUUGAGACCCCUUGGUAAUGAGGAUGCUGUGAAGCUUUUCCGCCACUCCGCAGAACUGAAGGAGAGCCGUUUUGAUGUUCCUGAUCAUAUUGUGAGAGAGAUAGUCCAAGGCUGCAGUGGUUCUCCAAUGGUGCUAAAUGCGAUUGGCAGGUCACUCUGUGGGCAGGAUGCUGUGGUAUGGCAAAGCAGGGCAACAGAAUUGUCGAAGGGUCGCCCGAUUUUUGAAUCUAAUGAAAAUCUGCUCGCUUUUCUCCAAAAAAGCUUCGAUGUCUUGGACACUAAGUCAGUAAUUAAGGAGCGUUUCAUGGACCUAGCUUUAUUUCCUGAAGGCCAGAAGAUUCCUGCAGCUUCUCUUGUUGAUAUGUGGGUGGAAUUGUAUGGAGAAGAUGGCGUAAAUGCAAUGGAGAAAAUUUAUGAACUGGCCACCCGUAACAUGGUUGAAAUUGUCGUAAGGAAAUUUCCAAGUGGCACAGGUAACUUCAGUAGCCACUUUGUCAAUCGGCAUGAUCUUUUUCAGGAGCUAGCUAUCCAUCAAAGGCAAAUUAGCCAGGAGCCACUGGAAAAGAGGAAAACACUGAUUAUUGACAUAACUGCAAACGAACUUCCCCAGUGGUGGACUGACCAAAAAGAGUAUCAUAUAGCUGCCCGCGUAUUAUCUAUAUCAACUGAUGAAUUAUUCUCUUCUGAUUGGUGUAACUUGAUACCAACUGAAGUUGAGGUUCUAGUUUUGAACUUUCGAGGGAAGAAGUACACCAUACCAAGGUUCAUAGAGAAAAUGAAUAAACUAAAAGUUCUGUUAAUCACAAAUUAUGGUUUCCACCCUGCUGCUGAGUUAGAGAAUUUAGAACUGCUUAAUUUGUUGCCCAAUGUUAAAAGAAUUAGACUGGAGCGUGUAUUGAUCCCCUCCCUCGUUGAGAAAAGAGUGCACUUGAAGAAUCUUCAGAAACUGUCUCUGUUUAUGUGCAAUGUGAAUGAAGCUUUCGAAAAUUGUUCCAUCCCAGUUUCAGAUAUGAUGCCAAACUUGGUGGAACUGAACAUUGACUACUGUAAUAUGAUGGAAUUGCCAGUUGGGUUGUGUGGUUUUGUGUUCUUAAAGAAGCUUAGUAUUACCAGUUGCCACAAGCUUUCCGCACUUCCUGAAGAAAUUGGAAAGUUGGUCAAUUUGGAAUUGCUAAGGGUUAGUUCUUGUUCUGAUUUAACAGAGUUUCCGGACUCAGUUUCCAGCCUUCAAAAGCUAAAAUUUCUUGAUAUGUCUUACUGCAUAAGCCUCAGUAGAUUACCAGAUCAUAUGGGUAAGUUACUUAAUUUGAAAGAGCUCUACAUCACGCGUUGCUCGAGAUUAUGUGAGCUGCCACCCACAAUCAUUAACCUUACGGGGCUAAGAGUUGUGGUGUGCGAUGAAGAUGUGGCUGCUUUAUGGGAACCUUGCAAAACCAUCUUUACUGAUCUGCAUGUAGAGGUGAACCAAGCUGAUUUAGCCUGGAAUGGCUUUGAAAUUUCAUUGCCAAUAAAUGCGCUUUCUGGCCAGGGGCAACAUAUUGGAGCGGGAAUGAAGAUAUGGAAUGAAAAUGAGAAGAUAUGUGCAACGUAA